AAUCCAGCGGGGCUGUGAAUCGAGCGGGGUCACGUGAGGGAGGGAGGAACCGUGCUGGCCCCCAGCCAGUGGAAGGCCGAUGGGUGGAACAAACCGGGCACGAAGAGAUAGAUAUGAGUAACGGAUCCUGCGUGCGUGGUACCCGCGUCUGCAUCUACAAGAAUGUGGGCUCUGGCGGCGGUGCGGCUCCGCCAGCCUUUUGCAUGACACUGGAACUGCUGCUUAUAAAGUAGAAUCCCGCUGCUCUGUGGUAGGAAGGAUAGAGAAAGAACAUGGCCUGCAUUUUGAAGAGAAAGUCUGUUGUUGCCGUGAGUUUCAUUGCAGCAUUCCUCUGUCUGAUCAUUGUUCGUCUCACAAAUGAAGUCACUUUCCCCUUGAUUCUAAACUGCUUUGGACAAACCAGUGUCAAGUGGAUACCAUUUUCUAAUGGCCAAAGGCAGCUUCUGAGAACUCACUAUGGAUAUGUAAACGUGAAAACACAAGAGCCUCUACAACUGGACUGUGACCUCUGUGCCAUCGUUUCCAAUUCCGGACAGAUGGUAGGCCAGAAGGUGGGAGCUGAGAUAGACAAGUCCUCCUGCAUAUGGAGAAUGAACAAUGCACCCACAAAGGGCUAUGAGGAGGAUGUUGGGAAGAGGACGACCAUCAGAGUGGUCUCUCACACAAGUGUGCCUCUCCUGCUCAAGAAUCCUGAGUACUUUUUCAAGGAAACCAACAGCACUCUUUAUGUGAUCUGGGGACCUUUUCGAAACAUGAGGAAGGAUGGAAAUGGCAUUGUAUACAACAUGCUGAAGAAAGCUGUUGACAGCUACCCAACUGCCAAAAUCUAUGUGACAACGGAAAAGCGCAUGAGCUACUGUGAUGCAGUGUUUAAGAAGGAGACAGGAAAAGACCGAGUCCAGUCAGGUUCAUAUCUCAGUACGGGUUGGUUUACCUUAAUUUUGGCUAUGGAUGCCUGCUAUGGAAUUCACGUCUAUGGGAUGAUAAAUGACACCUACUGCAAGUCAGAAGGCUUUCGCAAAGUUCCCUACCAUUAUUAUGAGCCAGGAAGAGAUGAGUGUGAAGAAUACUUUCUACAUGAAAAUGCUCCGUAUGGAGGCCAUAGGUUUAUCACAGAAAAGAAAGUAUUUGCUAAAUGGGCCAAGAAACACACAAUAAUAUUUACACACCCCAACUGGACGGUAUCUUGAUACUGGUUUUCUUAACUCCCCCUGAAUAGCAUAAUAGUACAAAAUUGUAUCCGUUUACAAUAAUUUUGCUUACAUCUGGCAGGCUUUUUUCAGCCUGGAUAACAGUAAAUUAAAACCAGGUUCAGCUGUUAAGCGAAGUUAACCAAACUGUGGAAGGCAGACACAUUGCUUGUUAUUUCUAAGGGUUUUACUGCAUCCAAUGCACUUUAUGCUUUAACUGGAUUUUUCUUCAGUAGUUAAAAAGAGAUGAGAUUUCCUGUAUUUGCAGAUGUACACAGGGGACUUGGUUGUCCUUUAAAACUUGUCCAUCACCUUAGUUAAUCAAAAUUAAUAUUUGCGGCUCAAUUGCAGUUCCAAAAGUACUGCAGAAAUAGUUUCACCUGUGGUAUUAGCUGGAAUUUUCCACAAAGGAAAUGUGAAGAAAUAUACGGACUUCCAAAGUCUAGUUGUCUUUUCUGUGAGUGAGCAGAUGUUAAAAAACAUCUCAAUACUUUCACGUGCGAGCACUUGGGUAUAUGAUAAUAUUAGAGAUGAGCUAAACGUGGUUCUUGAACUGCACACAGCUCUCUCAUCAGAAAAUAUUACUUGCUCAAGGUUCUUGAUUAAUUCAUACCUUCUAAAAUGCAGCUUCAUUCCAUCCUGAUCAGUCUGUACCAUCUUGGAUGAUGUGUUUUAUGUUUUUUGAAAGCGCUAUCCAACAGUUUUGCUCCAGCAGUGUGGACCUGGGCUCUCUUUUAUAGCCCACACUGAACCUUUUGUUGGUGUAACUAACCUGCUGUUUAGUAUCCAAGCUGGUUAGAGUAAGGCUGUCACAUGAGAGCAUCUCCAUUUUCUCCAGUUAUGCCUCUGAGUUGCUCCAACAUCCAAAGGCAGCAUUGACAGUAUUUCCCUUCUAGCCACCAUAAUUUAUGUUUCGAGCUUCUCCAUCUUAAAAAAUGGGGAUGAUACCAUCUACCUCACAAGGGAGUUGUGAGGAUUAAUAUGAAUCCAUAAAGCACACUGCUGAUAAAGAUUGCUAUGGUGCAUUCAUUCUUACCACAAAAACAAUGGUACCUGUCAUUUAUUCUUGUCCGUUGGGUAUUUGAAGAAAGUGAUGGCAUGUCUGGAUCUGAUGGCAGAUUGCUCUGUGUGUCCUUCUUCCUACUGAGGAUAAUUUGUAAUACUAAGCUCCCCUAGCUGCAUUGCUUCAGAUGGAGUUGAAAGAACUCACCGCUUUGUAUUAUCUACACAUCGAGAAGCAGUUCAAGAAUUUUAAAAUAUACUCAUCUCUAGCUGAAACAUGCAUUUCCAAGCUUACUCUCACAGAAAGUUUUCAACUGCAGAAGAUUCAUUUGUAAUAUGACCAUGAAUUUUAUUUAAACGGUAUUUAAAUGAAUGCUUUAAGUUUAGAAUGUGUCCUAAGAGUAUUUUAACAUCUGGAAUGUGAGAUUCAACACUGUAAUAGCCAAUACUGUGAACACUUGAAAGAAUUACGUGUGGAACACAACACACAGGGUUUACUCACUACUUUAACAUUAACCAGUAGGAAACUUUGUAUGCUUUUGUAAAUCAUGAAAAGGGGAAAGUAAAAAAGAUAUUUUUACAUGUAAGUAUUUGUAUACUAUUUCCUAUUGUAUAUUUGUACAUAUGAAUCUAUAUUUUAUAUGUUCAUGACAUGUGUAUAUUCUCAUCAUCAGCUGCAACUCUUUGAGGAUGGGAACAAAAUCUCUUUACCAGUUUUCCUCCUUCUGACCAUUGGUUUCUUCUUCCUGUUGACAGGUGAUGCUAAGCUAUAAAGCCUCUUGCCCUUUGUGUUUUCUCCUGUAAAUGUAACUUACGAUUUUAUUUUUAAUAUAGCUUAUCUUUCACUGUUUAGUGCCAUAAGUGUUCGUGCUGGAUGCCAAAGGCUGGGGCCAUUGUUACAAUUGCAGAUAAAUACCUGUAUCGAAAUACAGACUCUGUCCCAGACCUCUGUGACUUGAUGUCUCAUCUGCCUGCUUGGAAGAGGAGAACAAUGAUGUUUUCCUACUCCCUGACUGACUGACUUUCUUGUAAGCUCUUGAGACAGAUACUGAGAUUUGCAAUGUAUUGCAUUUGUAUACUGCCUUGUAGAAGAGAUGCCUAACGUAUCUGAAGGUUACAGGCAAUGCUCUAAUAUAAAAAUAGUACUUUAAAGUGGCUGCUUCUUGUCCCUGGAGUUUAAAACCAAUCAUAGUCUAAUAUACCACAGGAUAAAAUCUGGUGGUGAAAGGGUCAUGGAUGCAUGAAGGGUUGUAGUAGUAAAAGACAGCAAGCUAGAUUUAUUUUUAUAUACAUAUUCAUUUUUCCAGUUCAGAUGGAUGGCUGGAUAGACAGAAAUCUAAUAAAGAAAUUGUAAUGCAGGAUUUGAAAAAAGCAGGGCACGCAGAAUUAGGAACAAUGUCCCAUAUUUUGUACAGGGAAACAUGGAGCAAUCUAAACCCCCCUGUGGGAAGAGGGGCUGAAAAGUCAAUCUGGACUUGGGUUUAGAAAGUGUUUGGGCAAAGUGAAUGAUACAAAGAAAGUGCUGCACAGGGAGUGCAGUUGGGCUGAACAGACUUACAUGGGAAGCAUUCUCACAAAGUGUAGACUUUCUCUUCAGGAAACACAGUGUAAGAAUUCUGCCUGAGUUACAUUCACAUGCAAGGCAGUUUUUAAGCCUGAGAAAAUUUUUAAGGCAGUUACAGCUUGUCAGUGCAUUGUAAACUGAGUUUCGUGCUGCAGCUCUUUGUAGAAUGCUUGCAUGCAGUAUGAAGUAACAUCUUGUGCUACGAGUAUCUAAGAAAAAUAUAGCUCUAGGAACAGUAAAACAUACAGCAAAAUUGAGAAGACCAUUAGAGUGUGGUUGUCACAGACCAAAAGUAAAAGUGUUGCUCCCUGUUUGUAGAGGGGCUUGGAUUUGUGGUGAGAGAUCUGCCUUUAGAACCACUGCAUCAGACUUCAUUAACAGUACAGUAAAUGAACAUUGGUUCCAUUAUUUAAAUGAGCCUGUCUUUAGCACAAACUGAACACGUAUUUGCGUGAUUUUUAUUGUAUGAUUAAGGAACUGUGACCACUGUGUUGAAGAUGAUUCUACGAAGAAAUGACUUUGUAGAAAUUUGUUACAAAUCAGCACUGUGGUACUGAAGAAAAAAUUUCACUGCUUGGCUGUAUGAUAAGAGAUCUCGAUUCACCUUCUGAGAGCAGUUAAGACAUCAGCUGAGAAUCAUUUAUUAAUUCUUUAAAGUAAAGCCUACUACAAUUUACCUGAAUGUAAUCAGUUCCUAAUUGCUUAUUCAUUCAAGCAGUCCUGUUUUAAUGAACUAGUUAUGAGUAUGGAACAAGCAGGGAGUUUACCUUAAGUUUUCAAAAUAGAUCUUCACUUUUUUGCUAUUAGAGGAAUACUUGCAAAUAAUUUGGUGUUUAUUUUUUUUUCCAUUAGUCAGCUAAGUCGUCACCAGAUGUUUCUUCCAUAAUUUAGUUGACUGUUCAAAAUACUUUUUAAAAAAUAUAUUUUUUUCUCAGCUUGCCAUAGCCUUCAUCUUACUAAAAGUUUAAAUUUUAAUACAUUUCAUGUUGCACUACCUUCUGAUUUUAUUUUUCAGAAAAAGAAGUUUUGAAUAGGAGCAGAAAUUUUCUUCUAUCUUUUUGAUCAGCUGAUUACCAAUUCACAGUUAAUUAACUGAAUAAAGAAAAAAAAAAAACAUCUGGAAUUUCUUUUCCAAAACAAUGUAGCAAAAAUAACGUCAACCUUUUCAUCCCUUGAAGAUGUCCAGAUCACUUCCCUCUGCUUCUAUCAAGGCCUCUUAGCAGAAAGAAAAUGGCAGUUUCCAGCCAAAUUCCCUUCCCAUCUGGGCUGGGAGACUCCAUCUGCAGAGUCCUUGUAUCAGGUACAUCAGUAAGCAGGAAGGAUUGAGGAAAAGUCCUACUGAGGAGCAGAUGAUGUUCCAAAUUCUAAAAAAUGCCCCCAAAAUUCUUCAAGAUAGGAGUAUCCCUUGAUCUCUCCUGCAAGUAUUUUUCCAGAUGUUCUGUUUCUCUGAAUGCCUUUAGCUCUAGAUUUGCUCCACUCUCUCUGAUGGUAAUUACCACCAAGGAGAAAAUGCCCUUGCAGGAAAAGGCAGAGGAACAUUGUGUGUUGUCAAAAUUUCUGUAUGAGCAACACCACAGAUGAAGAAGUCAGCCUGUUACUAUUUGAAUUGUGAGUUAAAGGCUCACUGAUUUAAGCAUUUCUGAGGACUGACUUCAAAACUAACAGAAAUCAUUUUGGCAAGUUCAGAUAGUGAGUAGUGCACCAAUCCCAGUACAAUUUUUGCACUUCUGAGUACUCUGGUAAGCAGUUUUUCUGUGAAGAUAGUGAUGUUAAGGAGGAGACCAUCCAACACUUGGAGAUUUAGACAGAAGUGUGGUCGUACACAAAGGCAGCCAGCCAGCAGAUCACAAGUUCUCAAACAGAAGAAAUGUCCAGGUAGGUAAAAUUUAUGAAGUCAUCACUCAUGAAUUAUAACUGGAUGGUGCCCUUACCACUUUGCAUAUUGAUGCUUAAAUGUUGCUGACAAUUUUUUUUCAGUAUGUGGUUCAGAAAGAGCAUGCGCGUUUAGAGGCUCUGUGUUUAGGCUUGAGCAAGUCUGAGAUUUGUUUAUGAUGAACCUGAGGGUACCCUGCAGAGUGAAACCCUGGUGUCAGUGCCAAGAGGAGUCUCUGCGGUCAUUGCCAUGUGCAGCGUACAUCAGGAAAUCAUGAAUUGACUAAAAAAGAACUGUUUUUCCUGACUAGGCAUAGUUAGCUCUUUUGAGCAGAAAGUGUUUCAUUUUCAGCAGAUGUGUCUCAUUCUGUUCCUUCGUUCCUAAGAGGGUACAGAGGAAUGUGACUUAACCAUGGGGGAGUGAAUAAUGAUAUGGUGAACAGUCAGCCACCGGGUUCAUGUACAUUUCUCUGGGUAUUUUCGGUGUAUAGCUAAUGACACAGAGAAAAACAAGCUUUUUGUAAGUUUUGUAUUGCAUAAUCCACAGAAGUCUCUUGUGUUUGUUCUGCGCUAGAGCCUCUAGGCAAACCCUCCAGAAACAAAGUGAAGGAGGAAGACACCAUUUUUCCCCAGCGAAAGAUAAGGCUUCUGUGGAAAACAUAAUAAUCUGUGUGGCAUCCCUGGCUUCUCUCCCCCAGCUUUUGUAGGCUCAUCCAGUCCCACUGCAUGACGUGCACUCUCCAGUUGAUUUGCACAGCAUGAAGUUUGCUCUGUUCUCACCUUCUAUGGGAAUGGCAGAGUGCUGGUGCUGACCCAGGUCUGAGGAGCAGCUGGCUCUGUCAAGUUAGCAGUGUCACCUUGCUUGGGGCAUGGUCUCAACUCAGGUGCUAAACUCAGUUUCUUUAAACUAGGUGGGAAAGAGAUCAGUGGGUUUUGUUAGUUUUUUGCAAGGUUAACUCAAAAGGAGUCACCAUUUCAUGAGUGUUUUAAACAGCUGAUUUUUCUUUUUUUUUUCUUUCUUGCUGCUGUUUCUGGGAAUUCAGGCAGAUAUGCAGCUGUCAGCACCUGCCACUGCUGUCCUGAUUUACUGGCCCUGUACUGUAAAGUUGAACUAAUGCAUGUUCUUACCAUGUAUUAUGCAUGACAGCAUGUUAUGUAUUUUAUUCCAGCACUAUAAUAAAUAAUGUAAGUAGUGUGUAGACUUAGUUUAAGUAGCAGAAGUAGGUUUUUUUGUUGUUUUUUUUUGUUUCUUUUUGGUUUUUUUUUUGUGGGUUUUCUUUUUUUUCACAUCAUGUGUCAUCCAGAGCACUUUGCUGGAGCUCUGUGAGUGCCAUUAGCAGCUGGCAGUAUACAAAUUGCUGAAGCCAGUCAGGAAAUAUUUACUAUUAAAAUAUCAGAAAUAGUUAAACUUGCUUUUGUGAAUGUACUACACUGCUCACAGCCACAAUUUUGUGAUCUGCUAUAAGAAAAACCUCAUGUCUAAGUGUAACCAAAUGACUUUAUUUACAUGGCUUGCACUGAGGUGUUGGCAGGGCAGCAAUUACAAGUUUUGGGAAUCUACGGCAUCUCUCUAAAGUAACUCUACAUGCACAAGAGUAACUAAGAAACCUGUAGUUCUUUCAUAACACUGCUGAAAAUAGUAGUUCAGGAGACACACAGAGAGAAAAAUGUUGUGCUCACAGUUCUUCUGACUGUUCAUCUAUUCCCUCCUCACUCAGACACUCAUAGAUCUGCAAACAUGAAGAGUGUCUACAGGGAAAGCCUUUUUUCCAGACAGUGGUGAGACAGAACAAAGAAGACUAAUCUCUUACAUGGCAAAUAUAAGCUAUAGUACUUGUUGUUUCAUGUUACUUUGUCUAUUUUCAAAGCCUGUGUCUACAUUAGCGAGAAAUGAGCUCAGCUGGAUAAGUUCUGUAGCCUGAAACUGCUAGUGCUAAGUACUUGAUGCCCACAUCAUACAGUUUGUGCCUACAGGCUGAAUGCAACUUGACUGGAGCACAUCUUGUAGUUUAACCAAAUCCACGUUCUGAUGACCACUCCAUGACGUAAAGCAAACCUUACAAAGUGGUGCCACUGCAGUGUGCUGCCCCACAGGAAAGAGAAAGUCCUACAGUUCCAUCUUUCAGCUAAAUAAAAGCCCUUCCCACCUCCCCCAGCCCCCUUAGGCUUUCCGUGGAUUACCUCUACUCAUAUACAUUUUCCUUUGAUAUAUGAGAUCAUGUGAGAUGAGAGAUCCUGACUCCUCCCAAGAAAGCAUCCAAGCCAUGAACGUGGUAUAGGACUGUGUAUCCCAGUCUGGAUGCAACAGGGAAAGUUAGAUGAAGAGUCAGUCCUGAUUCCACUUGUUGAUGUGGUUUUACCAUGCAUUAGUAAGUAUCUUUUCUAUUUUUUAAUAUACUACAAUCCCCUCAAAUUCCCUUCGUAAAUUUUCCCAGAUUUUUUUUUUUUCUUGUGGCCUUGCAGUUACGUAAGUAUAUGUGUGUAUGUGUGCAUGUACAUACAGGAUACAAGCAUUCUUCUGUUGUUACACAGUUGCUACUAUAGUUCCUAACAAACUGACUAGGAGGUUCUUUUUAUGCUACUUAUCACAUGUGGUUUUUGGUUGCCUUUUUGUAGUGCUAAUGAGAGCAUUCAUAGUAGGUAGCACUGUAAACUUAGAAAGAUUUCAUACUGUUUAUAUUCAUUGUAAAUAUUUUGCUAAUUGUUUUGCUACGUGACACUUAGUUUUUUGCUCCCAUUUGGAGAAUGUGCUUCUAUGUACUUGAAAAUUGUGCCUGGGAUAUUCUAAAAUACAAAUAAAUGUACACAGUUUUCCAA